AUGAACUUUUGUCACCAAAGCGAGGCCACGAGUGUAAAAGUCCACAACAUGCCGAACAGAGAUCACUGUUGCGUGCCGCAAUGUCAAAACAAUCGCGCUAAAAAUAUUCCAGGACUCACCUUUCACCAAUUUCCGAAGGAUGAAUUCCUUCGAAAGCAGUGGGUUGUCAAAAUACGGCGAGACGUGGGCAAAAGUUUUCGUGCAAGUACUUUGGUGAGUUUUAUCGAUGUCAUUGUGCGCACAUGUAAGCUUAUUUACAACUAUUAUCUGGUCCAUUUCUAGAUAACCAACGGCACAAGAGUAUGCUCUGUAUACUUUAAAGAAGCGGAUUUCAAGAGAACUUUAACAGGGAAGAAGAUCUGA